CGGGAGCACCCGACUGCACCCGAGUUUUGGGACCGCCCCACGAACUCCGGACAAACCACUUCACCACCACCGGCCCGUUUUCGCCUUCGUAACACCGACGGCCUGCCGGAAGCUCUCCCAGUUACAUCCAUUGAAUCUCACACGCCCGGCCCCAUCUCCGGAUCUGUCUCCUGGGACCCAGCGCUCGGGAACCUAAGACGGUCUUUUAUUUCCCGGAUCUGUUUGCUCACCUGCAAACCGGGGGCAGUGCUCCUUAAAUCACGGUAACUACAAGAACACUGACGAAAUAUUUUAGUCGACAUUAAAUUAAAAGAGAGGAGGCGCAGGAACCGCCCCUCGCCCUCCGCACUUUCUGUCGGAGGACCUCUGCCCGCCAGCUGGAAGGCGCUCCUCCCUACGUCACCUUUCCUUUAAAAGACGCGGGCCGAAGCCCCGCCCACUACGGAGGGCGAAGAGGGCCUCCCCGCGAGGGCCGUUCCCCGGCUUCUUCCGCCAGACCUACCAAUCGCCGGCCCGGCACAGCUGACAUUCUCCUCUAACGAAGAGCUUUUCCUCCACCAACUGGGGAUGAUUACUGAUUGUAGUUCUUCCUAAAGAGCUUGUUUUGAAGGAAUGUGUACCUGUUCAGCUUUGCUGACGUAAAGCCAAAAUGGAGCUCGUAUUGGAGCUUAAUUGCUGUGUAAAUCCAGGAAAUUUGAAACUCUCUAAAAUGAUGGCCACUCUUCUUCUAAAGAGGCUAACGUUGCAUACCGUAAAGACUGGAAAUAAUUGCAUUAGAUGUCCUGGUACAUACACCCUGCACCAGACCGCACCAGCACAGCCGUCGCUCCGAGCUUCUGGCCCGAGACUGUCCUGCCCGAUUCACGCAAAAGCUUUCGGUACUGUUGGAGACACCCAGGACGAAAGGAAGAAGAAAAAGAAGAAUGAACCAGCUCUUAGCAACAUCGGAAGAAAAAUUCACGAGCGGAUUAUUCACGUGCUGGAUGAGGCGGGCAACGACUUGGGCAACAUGCACCGAGCAGACGUGAUCAGGCUCAUGAACGAGCGGGACCUGAGGCUUGUGACAAGGGACAGCGGUGCGGAGCCCCCGCAGUACCAGCUCCUGACGGGGGCACAGAUCCACGAGGAGCGCCUGCGACUCCGGGAGCUGGGAAAGGCCCACCCGAAACCCGGCCCUACCCUGACAAAGGAGCUAACUUUUUCUUCAAAUAUUGGACAACAUGAUUUGGACACAAAGAGUAAACAGAUUCAGCAAUGGAUUGAGAAAAAAUACAGAGUUCAAAUUACUAUAAAGAAAGGGAAGAACGUAGAGGAGCCAGAAAAUAAAAUGGAGGAGAUAUGUAAUCAAAUACUCCAGACUAUGCCCGGAACAGCUACCUUCUCAACCCGCCCACAACCUGUUAGGGGAGGGAAAGCUGUAAUGUGUGUUCUUCGUCAUUUAAGCAAAAAGGAAGAGAAUGCAUAUAGAGAAACGCAAGGAGCCCAGAAAGAGGACCCUUUGAACAAAGAAAAUGGAAACAACAGAGAAUCAGAUGUUGUGCAUCCAUGAUUUUAAUAAAGAGAAAUGUGCUUCUGGGAGGAAAGAA